AUGGCCAACUACCGUUUUCUGGUCCAGCAACUCUCCAACACCUUCAACGGCUGCGAGUUCCUUCACGUCUCGCGCGCAGAGAACGAAGCCGCCGACACGCUAGCCAAGAUUGGCUCAUCUCGGCAGGUCAUACCGUUCGGCGUCUCCCUCGAGCACUUGCACAAGCCAUUUGUCAAGCGGUCUCCGGAUUCCGAGUCCAUCUUCAUACCAGACGAGCCUGCAACGCCCCUCCCCAACCCGGACCCGGGGGCUGCCGGUCCAAGCUCGGGGGCUGCCGGCCCCAACCCUGUCCCGGUGGCUGCGGAACUCGGCCCGGGGACUACUGAACCUGGCCCGGGGGCUGCUGUGCUCAACCCGGCCGCCGUUACCCCUAACCCGGGGGUUGCUACCUCCAGCUCGGGGGCUGUCAUCCCAGAACCCGUCCAGGUGGCUGUCUUCACCGUGGUGACGGCUCCAUCAUGGGCCCAACCAAUCUUAGCAUUCCUGGAGAGCGGAGUCCUUCCCAUGGACGAAACCAAGGCCCGCCAAGUGCAACGCCGGGCAACCGCCUACAGCAUGACCAACAACAAGCUCGUCAAGCGCAGCGCGACAAGCGUGUUCCAGUGCUGCGUCGAGCCAGACAAGGGCAUAGAGAUCCUCCUUGACAUACAUCAGGGCGAGUGUGGGCACCACGCCACCUCCAAGUCCCUGGUGGCCAAGGCCUUCCGCCAUGCUUACAACCACUGUAUAUGA